AUGGAUGUGCAAGUUAAAACAAGGCAAGACAAUCUUCCCAUGAAAAAUCGUUUACAUACCAUAUUACUCUCUGUUUUGGUUUCGAUCGUGACAAUAACAUUCAUUCUAGUAGCAGUGACGUUGAGUGUGGUUAGUCAUCAAAAGAAGAAGGAGAAUGAAAACAUCAUGGCAACAACUUCAACUUCUGCGGUGAUAAAACAUUUGGUGGAUACGGUUAACUCCACUCAAUUAAUGUUUCAUUUAGCAAAAUUACAAACAAUCGCUGAUCAGAAUGGAGGCACACGUUCUCUCGGAUCAGCAGGUUUUCAGGCAACUGUCGAUUAUAUUGAAACACAACUAAAAUCGAAAACGGAUUUUCGUGUUUUUAAAGAAGAAUUCAUGGUACCUACCAGUCUGAAACGUGAACCAAUGCUCGUUUCUACUAUUUCUGAAGAAUUCAUGGUACCUACCAGUCUGAAACGUGAACCAAUGCUCGUUUCUACUAUUUCUGGUGUUGAGAAAAAUUAUAAAUAUGACAUCGAUUUUCGUCUUAUCUUUCUCUCAGCACCGGCUCACUUUUCCAUACCUAUUCGCCUGACUCUCGUACCAAAUUCUGGUUGCGACGAAGACGAUUGGCAACAAGCUGCGCCGUACCCGGCUACAGAUAGCGUAGUCAUUGUCAUACACGAUCAAAACUGCUCGGUACGACAAAAGAGCAACAUAGGACAGAAAUUCAAUAUUCAUGGGUUUCUUCUUCACAACACAGAUAAUACGACAGGUUUGCCAGUUGUAGUCGCUGCGAGCAAUAUAACUUAUAUAGCUAUGGUGAUUUCCUAUGAUGUGGGUGUGAAAUUAACUGAAGCAGUGCAAGAUCAUCUAUCGACUAAUCCAAGCGUGCGGAUGUUCAUGACUCCUGGCAAUGCAAUACGUGUUAACAUUUCCUCGCAGAAUCUGUGUGCUGAUACAUUAACGGGAAACAAAAGCCAGACGAUAUUGGUUGGUAGUCACAGUGAUAGUGUGGAAGAUGGUUCAGGAAUCAACGAUAACGGUAGUGGAUCGAUGGCAACCUUAGUAUUGGCAUUGAACAUGGCUAAUCUACUUAAAGCAUCAACUUAUGAAAAGUAUCCGUAUCGAAUUCGAUUCUGCUGGUGGGGUGCAGAAGAGAGAAACAUGCAAGGGUCAUAUCAUCAUGUGGAACAAGCUAAUCUAACGACUAUAGAAGGAAAUCGUUUGACGGACUAUUUAAUGAUGUUAAAUUUUGAUAUGCUCGCAUCGCCAAACUACAUUUUUGGUAUUCAUCAAAGCGGUGGACUACCGGAUUUUGUACCAUCCAAGGCAAAAAGUGGUUCCGAUAAAAUCGCACAAAUCUUUCGUAAUUGGUUUGAACAAGAGAAUUUACCAUGGGAUAAUACAUCUUUGGGCAUUUCAAGUGAUCAUGUUCCAUUUCUCGUCGUAGGUAUUCCAUGUGGUGGAUUAUUCACAGGUGCGGACGAAGGCAAAACACUAGAACAACGAAAUCGUUACGAUAGAAUGUUAGGACAUGGACAUGGUGGAAUUGCCAACACAAUGCUAGAUCCAUGUUAUCAUAAGAUUUGUGAUACGAUCGAAAACGUUA